CUCGAGGACCACCAAAUCAUGUCACGGUCGGCCAGGUCAUUGGUGGCGCAUGCCCAACGGUCUGGUCUGUCGUCGCGACCGAGAGCUGUUGGUGCAGCAUCGACAGCAUGGGAGCGAAGGGCAAGGGCAGACCUGGGGAGAAGAAAUCAGAGUGCUUGGGCUACCGUUGUUGGCACAGCAAAGAACCUGGUGGGGGCAGGCUCGCCUCCGCCCUCUUCGCCGCUGCCCUCAUCGUCCUCCUCUGCCUCUUCUCUGGGCACUGGACGUGGACCAACCUCUCCUUCGUCGUCGUCAUCCUCGUCCUCAAAACCGCGGCCAAUCGUUCGAGAUCCUUUGGAGCUCGUAGGGCAGGAGCUCUCCUCGCUGCGUUCCAACGUUUCGACGCUCCUGGGCAGCGGGCAUCCCUCCUUGGACACGGUUGCAAAGUACUACUUUCAAGCCGAAGGGAAACAUAUUCGGCCACUCAUCGUCCUCCUCAUGGCAAAGGCGACCAAUGGCCUGAGUCCCAACUGGGACGCCGUCCUUGCCCGCUCACAGGUCACAGCAGAAGGGACAAAGGCUAUCGAGGGCGAUAUGGGAAUUGAUGAGCCAUUGAGCCCAAGGGAGGUGCUCAAUGAUUUCAACCCGCACAUGGAGAGCAUCGAGGGCCUGCUCGGCCCUGCCACUCCAUCCGGCCAUACACAGCAGCAGCGGUUAGUGUCGUCCGACGACGGGCAGUCGGUGCCCAUCCUUGCAACCCAACGACGCCUGGCCGAGAUCACAGAGAUGAUCCACGUCGCCUCGCUGCUCCACGACGACGUCAUCGAUGCCUCGUCACUUCGCCGAGGCGAGCCAUCGGCGCCGGCAGCAUUUGGCAACAAGCUGAGCAUCCUCGGCGGCGACUUUCUCCUCGGCAGGGCCUCUGUCGCGCUGGCCCGGCUGCGCGACAACGAAGUCGUUGAGCUGCUCGCGACUGUGAUUGCAAAUCUGGUGGAGGGAGAAGUGAUGCAGCUGCGGGCCCAGAGCGGGGCUGAGUCCACCGCGCCGAGCAAGAGCGCAUUCAGCACCUUUUGGCAGCAGCAAGCGACGCCGGCGCAGCAGGAUGCAUCUGCUGCGGCUGGAGGACCGACGGAGGCCAUGUUUGAGCACUACAUGCAAAAGACGUACCUCAAGACGGCGGCCCUCAUUGGCAAGAGCGCUCGCGCCUCGGUCAUUCUCGGCGGGUUCUCAUCGUCACCAUUGUCGUCGUCGUCGUUGUCGUCGAGGAGCGGCAGCGGGCCCGAAGCAAGCGUCAAGGAUGCAGCGUACUCGUACGGGAGAAACGUCGGCAUGGCGUUUCAGCUCAUUGACGACGUCCUCGAUUUCAAGUCCACCUCGGCUGCCUUUGGGAAACCGUCGGGUGGGGCCGACCUGCGCCUGGGACUCGCCACUGCACCGGUCCUCUUUGCUUGGCAGGAGAUUGGGCACAAGCUCGGCGAGCUGGUCCAUAGAAAGUUUGAAGGGCCAGGCGAUGUCGAAAAGGCAUUGGGCCUUGUCCAGAACCAGUCGACGGGGUUGCAGAGGACCGAGGAGCUGGCCAAGCAACACGUCCAGCUCGCAAUCGAUGCGCUGCACACACUUCCAUGGACAGAGGCAAGGGAUGGGCUUCAGGGGCUCGCUGAGCAGGUUAUCAAUCGAAUCAAGUAAUUUACUCAUAUAGACAAGCCUCAAUCUACACCUUUCACCAGUGCCCAGCA